AUGGGGUGUCUACAGCUAGCCAUCAAAGACAAUGAAGAAUUAGAAGCAUAUCUAUGGUAUCUUGACAAUGGUGCACGUAAUCACAUGUGGGGCGACAAAAGCAAAUUUGUGGAGCUUGAUGAAACUUGGAGAGGUCAAGUUACUUUUGGAGACUCCUCAAAAGUUCCAAUAAUGGGCAAAAGAAACAAUCCAAGCAUGUUUGUGGAAUUCAAGAAAGCAAUGAUUCGAAAAUUUGAGAUGACUGAUAUUGGACUCAUGGAAUACUACCUUGGCAUUGAAGUCAAGCAGAUGGAGAAAGGCAUAUUUAUUUCUGAAGAAGGAUACACGAAAGAAAUACUCAAGAAAUUCAAGAUGAUUGAUUGCAAGCUUGUUAACACCCCCGGGGAAUGUGGAGUCAAGCUAACAAAGCAUGAAGAUAGAGAAAAGGUGGAUGCAACUCUUUUCAAGAGUCUACUUGGAAGUUUGCGGUACUUGACUUGCACAAGACGGGAUAUUCUUUUUGGGGUUGGGCUGGUAAGUUGCUUUAUGGAAGCACCCACAAUGACUCACUUUAAGGCUAUGAAAAGAAUUCUUCAUUAUGUUAAAGGAACAAUUGAUUUUGGCUUAUCUUAUUCAUCCUCAAAUGAAUACAAGCUUGUUGGCUAUUGUGAUAGUGAUUGGGCUGGAAACUUGGAUAAUAGAAAAAACACUACUGGCUUUUUGUUUUUCUUGGGAAAUACAGCUUUUACUUGGAGUUCAAAGAAUCAAUUGAUAGUAGCACUUUCUACUUGUGAACCUAAGUACAUUGUUGCUACAUCAUGCACUUGUCAUGCAAUUUGGUUGAGAAAUUUUAUGAAGGAUUUGCAAUUUGCACAAGAGGAAGCGACGGAGAUCUUGGUUGAUAAGCAGUCAACAAUUACCUUCGCCAAGAACCCAGUGUUUCAUGAUCGAAGUAAACACAUUGAUACGAGGUAUCAUUUUGUUAAAGAAUGCAUUGCGAAAAAGGAGGUACAACUCAAGUUUGUGAAAUCACAUGAUCAAAUUGCUGACAUAUUCACAAAGCCGCUCAAGUAUGAAGACUUCACCAAGUUUCGGACCCUGCUUGGAGUUACUAAAAGUCAAGUUUAA